AUGCCUCCUCGCAGCUCGGCUCCCUCAGAGGCUCCGACGCGGCGCACUACCUCGAAGAAACCUCGUGCCUUCUCUACUGCCUCGCUUUCCAGCAACACUAGCACUGUCGUGCCAACCGGAAGAAACGGCGACGUCGAUUUGGGACUACCCGACGAAACGUCAGUCUCGUUGCCGUCGACACCGACCAGGAGGGGCAAGGGCAUGACCAUGACACCCGCUGGGAUGACUUCUCGUAGAUCCUCGAUGGCAGUACCACCUUCAUCGUUCGUCGAUCCGGGUGUGUCGACGCCCAACUUCCCGCCACCGACUCCGCCCUCGCGCAGCCGGCACAUCAGCCUCGUCUCUCCCUCCGUCACACCGUCUAGACAUACCGCGCGGUCUCCAUCCAUGUCUGUCUUGAACAUGGACACAAACCCCACAUCGCAGAAGACACCGAUGACUCCGCGCAGGAUCAACACCGCAUCGCGGCUCUUGCAGAUGGCGUUGCAGUCCAAGGCUCCGCACCAGUCUUCUCCGUCAAUUACGCUCACAUCGCCGACAAUUGCGCAGACGAAGACGUACGUCAACUCACCACAGGGCACGCCGCCGACGAAGCUCCAGCGCAAGCCGUCCCUGCAGAGGAUGACGCCCAGCAAAAGUGUGUCUCCGUCCGAGAAGCCGGGAGACAGGAAGAUCAUGCUCAGCGAGACACCGCUGUCUGCGCUGGCGUUGCUGUCGAGCGGAGGUGAAGACGAGCCGUUCUCAGUCUGGGACGGAGACGACAUGACGCUGGACAUGGUGACGGAUGUGAACGACGGCGACGUGGACGAGGAUAUGGAGAAUGCGGUGCAGGGAGUGCUCACCCUCCACACGCGCAAGCUACUACACUACAAACGGCUGCUCGAGCGCGCACAGGCGUCCACGGCUGCGCAGUUGCAUGCGCUACAGGCCGAGGUCGCUCUGCUCCGCGAGCGAGAGCGUGAACGUGAGCGGCUCGAGGGCAACGCGGGGCAGAUGAACAUGGCCGGGGGGAGCGGCGCCUAUUGCACUUGUGGCGGAAAGAACCGGAAGGACUACUGGAGCGGGUACAGGGGACACGAGGACGAUGGGGUCGGCGGGGAGGUGGAUCUGGCAACCGUCCUGAAGGGCGACACUGGAGGGAAUUUCAACGAGUUCGAGGUGCGAAGGGUGGUGAGGGCGCUAGGACGAGAUGAUAGGAUGAGACUGGUCAGUGCAAUUCUUGACUCCUGCAUGCCUGGCGAUAUCCGUCUACAAGUUCUGCUGCUGGAAAAGUACGCGAAGUCGACGUUUGAUAUCAUCGGUAAUCUUGCCGCCGAUCUUGUCUUCAAAGUCUUCAGGUUCCUAAGCGUGUCGGAGUUGCUUGGUGUCGAAUCCGUCUCCCGAAAGUGGCAAGAGAUGGUGCACCUUCCAGUGCUAUGGAAAUACCAUUGCUUGCGCAUCACCGCUACCGACCCUUUGCCCAUGCGUCCACCCACGACACCGGAAGGCUGGGAACCAUUGUACCGUUCAUUGCACCAUCGCGAAUCCAAUUUCAAGAAUGCAUUGCCGCAAAGCGUGCGCUUCCUGCAAGGACACACGAACUACUGCACGACGCUACUUCUUCGAGGCAAGCGUCUCAUUAGUGGCUCAUACGAUGAGACGAUCCGCUUUUGGGAUAUCGAGACCGGCGAGAUGAAGAAGUGUUUGCAGGUGAAGAAGCCGGUGAGCUGUGUUGACUUCCUGGCCGAGGAAGAGGUCUUUGUUGUCGGUUUCCACGACGUUGGCCGCGUCCACCUUUUCUCUUCGCUGACCUUUCAGCCGCUUCAGCAACUGGCCGGCCAUCUCAACGGCAUUCGCGCCGUUGCACUGUCCUCCAAGAAUCUCGUGUCCGCGGGCGCUGACAAGGCGCUCGUGUGCUGGGACUGGCGCACGGGCACGAAGAUCGUGCGCUUCGGCCAGCAGACCACCGUCAACAUCGGUGUGCAGAUCAUCGGCGGCGGCAUCCCGCAGGAAGGCGAGCGCGUGGUCAGCGUGACGAUCGAUGGCAUCGUGAGGGUGUUCUCGAUCAAACGUCGCGAGAUGGUAUCGCAGUUUAAGCUGGCAGAGCUUGGCGGCAGUGAUCCUGUCCUCAAUGCGAAGCUGUUGAACAUCGGCAAGGCUCCCGAUAAUAUGCUGCAGUGGUUCGCUGCCAAGGGCACGCAGAUGACGUGUGCGACCAAAUCCGUCAUCCUCCAUCUGGAGUGGAGAGAAGAGGACGAGUCAACUUUCUCGACGGGCACGACGCGUCCCCUUGACUCGUUCUCCCCCACGCGUCCGGGGGCGCUGAGUCCCGCUAGCCCAGCAGUGUCCACACCUCGACAGAACAAGGCUCCUACAUUACGCCGUACACCGUCGUCGAUGUCCCUGCCCAAGCGACGUGCAACCCUCUCUCCAAUUUCUUCUAAUGUGGCUCUUACUCCCCCCACUCCGCGAAGCGUGAAGGCGAGGCUGUCCCUGGGGACAGCGCUGGCGAGUAUGGGCAGCAGCCGUCCCUCCAUCACCCCGGUCAGCCCGUUGUCUGGACUGCGCACGUUGUCUCCAAUAUCGCCCGACUCGAACGGCUUCGCGAUGCGCUUCGGCAGGGCAGCGGUACUGACUGCGCCUCCGAGGCUCGUUGCCGUGGUGGAGACGCCCGACAUCGCGGUGGGCGCGGUGGAUCCACGGAAGCGGCGGGUCGUAACGGCCACGCGGUUCAGCUCGCGGGCGGGAGCGAGCCGAGCGAUCUUCAUGUCGACGCAUCGCGAGAAGGGGCAGGCGGCGCAGAACGCGGACGGCAGCGAGAAUGAGGAGCAAGGGCAGUCCUCUGAUGAAGUGCGCGCGCCGAGCCCGGGAGUUGACUUUGAUACGGAUAUUGUCCCGUUGACGGGCGCAUGGUCCGCGCUCGCCGAGGGAGAUGCGGCGGCGUUUGUGGGAAUGAAGGGUUUGUUGGGCCAGGUCCCGCCGAGGUUCCAGGGCCUUGCGACGCCGGAGAAGAAUCCAAUGAGUAUGCAGCUGAGUCAUGAAGAGGUGGUGGUGGGAUGUGCUGAUGGCACGAUUUACGUGAUGAAGUUUGUGGGAUAUGAUUACCGUAAGGAGACGUUUACGUCCUCUUAUAGUCGCUGGGACAACUCCGAUGUUCUGGAGGAGGAGGAAGAGGAGGAAGUCCACGAGUACUAG